AGUAAACACCUAAGUGUGUCAUUUUACAGUUUAUUAUUAUCAAGCGUGGCCCCAAAUAGGGCUUAAAUCGGUCUACUGGUAAGUGCUUUUACUUAUUUCCACGUCAGUUUAUCGUUAUAAACGUCCAGAUUUGUAAUUUGAGUGUCAGUUUUGCGAAAUUGAAUCGGUCACUAAGUGAGGUUAUGUUUCUUAAAUUUUGUUAAAAAGUGAUUAUUUCUCGUUCCGGUGAUUAAAAACGUUGCAAUAACCGCAAAAUUACUGAAAACCUUGUCCCGGAGUCGUAAUUUUCGCAGUGUUAGGUCACCAGUCGUUGCCAACCUAAGUCAAAUCGGUCGCGAAAAUCCCCGCUUUGAGGUUAUGUUUCCCCAAACAAAGCAAAAAUGUUUGAGGAAUCCGCCCCAAAUGUGGAAACUAAACCGCCCCUUGAGUCGAGCUCCUCAACGUUGAUAGUCCGCACCAAAGAUAUGGUUGAAAGCGGUUAUUUGAAAAAACCGUUCAAGUGCCCCCUUUGUGUGUACAAAACCGAGCGUCGCCGCCUGAUUUUGAGCCACUUGGACGCCCAUUUAGACAAGCAACGCCAAUACAAAUGCAAAUACUGCGAUUUUUUCUCGUUUCAUAAACAUGUCUUGUCCGUCCAUCGGGCGCAUUGCAAUUUCGUACAAAAUAAAAUUUCGUGUCCGCAUUGUGAUUACGUGACGGCGAAGCAUCGCAGUUUGAAGAAACAUGUAGAAACGGCACAUGGGGAAAAUCGACAGUUUUGUUGCCGGAAAUGCCGAUUUAAAACGGAAAAUAAGGAGGAGUUUGAGGCACACAAGAAGAGUCAUGAGAAACCAAAAAAUUACAAAUGCGAUGAAUGUGUAUUCAAAACGGGGAAUAAAUCACUGUUGCUGAGACAUCAAAAGGAGCACAAAGUGGUUGUGAGAAAAGAGACAAUCUAUAGGUGCGACGUGUGUGAUUACGAGUCGAAAUAUAAUCAAAAUGUCGUAAGACAUCGAACGAAACACGUGGAGGAAGAAAUCUUAAAUGAUUAAGUGUUUUUUGACCGUCCCUCG